UGUCCAGGGUGCAUGGCACGUAUGCUAUGUAAUUAUCCUGGACCCAUCAUAAAGUCAAUUCAGCUGUUGUAUUUUCAAAAUCGUUGUUCCAUAAUUCACGUUGUCUUAUAGUUAUAUAUUAUCGUGCUAUAAAAUCGAACAAGUUGUAUAUAGGCGUGACAUUUAUUUCUAUUUUUACUUUUUUGAGUGAUAAGUGUUACUGUUUAAAGUCUAUGUAUCGAUUGUCAGAGGAAGAAAUAGAAGAGAUAUUGGAAGGAAAUGAACUUUGCGCGUUAAAGAACAUUCUGUAUUUUUCUCGACCGAACUACUUCCAGCUACUUUACCAACAAGAUAAAUCAAUUGUUGACGAGGUAUUCGAAAAAGUUAAAUGGGAGUUAGCAAGUUACCCAAGUGCCCACCGCCACUACUUCUACAACUUCAUUGCUACAUACCUUGCUAUUAAUGGACAUCAGGGGAAAGCGGAGGAGUAUUUCCUGGAAGCUAUCAGAGUUAAACCCAGUUCAGAGGUAACCCUGUCAAACUACGUCAUCUUGCUAUGUGAAACUGGGAAUAGGGAGAAAACAGCUAUUUACUUCAAGAGGCUUAACGAACUUAAGCAGGGGUCACCAGAAGUAAAACUAGAUCUGGCGAUACUGUUCCAACUGUUCAAUCUAAACGUAGCUGCACGUGUUCUACUGGAUGAUUACGUUUCUAGGAGUGCUAAUGUUAACGAUUUUAUCAUGUUUUUGUUCGGACGGGUUCUUCUGGAACACUCAUUAGGAAAGAUGAUGUAUGAUUCUUCUAUAGAGAAAGCGAUCAAAAUAUUUCACGAUAUCAAUAGAAGGAGCCCGAAGUUUCUUCCAAAUAUUGAUUUGUUGGUCAAAUCACUCAACCAAAAGUGGAAGAUAUCCCAAAAGACGAACAAAAAUCCUCAUCCAUACUCCAUUUUCAUCGCCAGCAAAGUAAACUGGUCAGAAUGUUGCCAUUCUCACGCUUUCUAUUUACACGGAAAAAUACGAAUGAGGAUAGGGGAGAUGGAUGAGGCAAAAAAUGCUCUCUUGCGAUCAGUGGAGCUAACUCACAACACCCACAACCAUUAUCAACUAGGAAAGUGUUACAUGGCACUGUCCGAGGUCCAGGAGGCAGGUAUGCAUUUCAGUGGAGCGCAGAACCUAACAAGAACUUACUGUGUGAAGUUUGUGUUGCUGGAAGGCUACCAGCCUCGUUCAUAUGGGAAGACGUUCGGAUGGGUUGAAGCUGAUUAUACAGAGCGCUGGAAUAAUUCCAAUCUUUCUUAA